CGCGCCAUAUUGCUUGGCCGUUCCGGCUCUUGCUCUCUCAGGUGUUCGGGCGGCCGUACUGAAGGCUGAAACCGGCUAAUACGGACUGCAGGACGUUAGAGGACCCCGCACCGCCCUGUUCCGGAUAUGGAUGUCGAGCGGUUGCAUGAAGCGCUCAAAGAUUUUGAAAAGAAGGGGAAGAAGGAGGUCUGCUCUCUUCUUGACCAGUUUCUCUGUCAUGUGGCAAAAACCGGAGAGACUUUCACUCCAUUUACAAUUCAACGACUUUGUGAGCUUCUGACAGACCCACGCAGAAAUUACACUGAUACAGAGAAGUUUCUUAGAGGAGUAGAAAAGAAUGUCAUGGUUGUCAGUUGUAUAUACCCUUCCUCUGAGAAAAGCAAUACUAAUUUAAACAGAAUGAAUGGUGAUAUGUUUCCAAAUAAUUCCCAAAAUUACACAGAUCGGUCCAACGUUAAUGGCCCGGGAACCCCCCGACCAGUGGGUCGGUCAAAACUGUCCUUGUCAAGCCCCAUGACAACUAAUGGAUUACCAGACAGCACGGAAAAUAAAGGAUCUGACUUGCCCCAAAAAGAAGAGGAUUACAGUGACUCACCAUCAUCUGACGAGGAAUCUCCUUCAAGUACUGUAAAAACUAAACGCGCAGGGGACGACCCAGGGGAGACGCAAGGACAUGAAGUGAAGAGAUUAAAAUUUGAAACGGACGACGAGGAUACAUCUGACAGUCACCAGACUUCUCACGACGAGUCCUCCACAGACAUGUCAGAGGAAGCUGAAUGUGUUUCUACUAGUGUGGAAGAUGAGGAGGAAGAGGAAAAAGAAGGCUGUGAAGCUGAACAAGCUCUAGACGAAGAGGCAUUAAUGACAGCAAGUGAGUCUUCUACUGAAGAUGAAAGCGAGAAAGACGCCAACGAUAAUAUAACUGUGACAGAAGAGACCACUGAGGAGAGUCACCAGAUGGAAGAGUCUGAGCCGUCUGAUGCAGCAAGAGAUUUGCACGCAGAGGCUCAAGUAAAUGUGACAUCCAGUAGUGCGGCCAGUGACAGCCAUGUGGCAGAACAUGUGGGAAGUUUGGGCACGGAGUCCCCUGAGGUCUCAUCAGAGUCUACAAUGGAAAACGGUGACGAAGCUACAGAAGCUGCUGAGGAACCUAUGGAACAAGACUAAUAGCACAGACAGUAUUUUCCUUACAGCUCUGGUUUUACACUGUAAACAGAUUUAUAUGUAAGAAAAAUGGACCUUUUAGUUUUACAAAAGGCAGAUUGUAAACCACAAACGUUUCUGGAAUAAAACCCAAAUGAGCUUUAUUUACUCUGUUUUAAGAACUGUGAAAACUCCUUCAGGUUCUGUGCUUACCACAGAGUUUAUGGUUUUUGUCUUUAUCAGUGGUUUAUGUAUAGACAACUUUUUUGUUCCCCUUUUUUCUUUUUACGAUUUAGAAAGAGUUUUUAAACUGGAAGGUUAGAACUUUAACCCUUUUGUGGGUUUUCGAAUUUAGUUCGAAUGAAAAAUGGCUCUUCCCUUUUUUUUUUUUUUUUCCUUUUUUUUUUGUUUUACCGUUCAUUUCAUGUUUUGUUCAGAACGUAAAACAUUUAUAGUGUUGCAUUUUGGUCUAUUGAUUUCUUUACUAAGCUAUAUCAAAGAACUGUGGAAAAUGUAACAGAUUUUUUUUUUCUUUUUCCUGUUUCUAUGAAAAUGGGGUUGGAGUGAUAUUGCUAAACAUUCAAACCACAAAGAUUUGUUUUGGCUUUUUUUUUUUUUUUUAAAUGACCCAUUAUUAAAAGCCUUUUUGAUAUCAUGGGAAACACAACCGUUUAAAAAAUGAACACAUUCCAAGAGAUUGAACCAUUAUACAUUUUUCUACUUUUUUUUUUUCUUUUCUUGAGGUGCCUGAGUCUAAAAUGUUUCAUUUUAUUUAUGAGAGAAUGCGCUUUAAAAAAAAAACUGCACUCAACAGCAUUUCCAUAUCGAUUUUGUAAAAUGGAUACUUGCAGACCUGACAAACACUCAACAGGUACUUAUUUUAGUUGUAUGUUGAGCUUUGUGACUACAAAAUACUUUCCUUCCUUUUCUCAAAUAUUCUACUAAACUACGUGAUUUUAUUGCUAUGAUGCUCAGCUGUACUGAAAGUUAAUAUAUUGCUUUAGUUCUAUCACCAAGCUGAAUGACUUGGGGCCUAGAGGUGCAUUAAUAUCACCAUUAUUUGUACAAUAUUUUGAAGUGAUUUUUGAACAAGAUACUUUGGCAGCCAGUUAUCUAAAACAUCUCUGACCAACUGAAAGCACAAAUAUUGCUCUUAAUUGGCAACACUCUUCGAUCAGUUAAUACUUUUUGUCACUGUCUGCCAAAUUUAUACCUGUGUCUAAAACUAAUACCCUUUUUUUGAUAUCUAGAAUUUUUAAAUUUCUUUAAAAUAGAUUUUGUAGAAUGUUCACUGCCUUUGUCAAACAGUAUAUAAUUGUAUAAUUUCUCUGUGUAAACUGAAUGUUUGGGCGUUCAAUACAGUAUUCAUAUGAAGCAAUAAAUAUUAAUGUGCUGAAAUUCUGGAGUACAUUUCUAUCUAAUAUGCACCUGAAAUCAACAAGUUACGUAAUGAGUAUGUCAUCAAAUCCGUAUGCCUCUCUGCUUUUAAAAGUAUUUUUGUUGAGUAAUCUGUUUUUAUGUGUUGUAAAAUAAUUUUUAAAACCCUUUGUUUCCAAUACAAGUCUGUGAAAUCUGUUAAAAUCCUGGUUUCCAGCAAGAGUCAGUUUCGUAUUUCUUGCUUCCACAAAACAUCAUUUGUUAAAUUAAUAUUAAUAAAUUUGGAGUCACAAAGUAUGUUUCCAA